UGCUUAAGGCACAUGCACCGAGUGGAUGUCCGCUUGAAAGUCAGCGAUAAUAUAAACUUGCAUAGGAGUAUAGAUUGUAUUGCCAAGGAGUUACAAAGUAGUACAGACACAACGGAUAUCUUAAAGCCAGCACCAUCUUGGAGUAAUGUAGCCAUAAAAUUGCCUACUCAACAGCAAUUAGCUGUCUCCUCAUCAUCUUCAUCGGCUGGUGGUGGCAGUUCGGGCAGUGCUGGCGGCAUGGGUACAGCCAUUGGCAUUUUUGGGCGGACAGUUGAAGGGGCCCGGCCUAGUGUGGGUGGCAUUUCUACUACAUCGACCUCAUCGAUGCAACUUAAAAAACUUACUGACAAUGUCAAAAAUGUAACAACAGCAGAGAUAGUCGCAGUGAAAGGGAACACAGGUAGCACAACGCAAAGCGGCAGCACAGACGAGGAAGCUAAAG